AUGCGGGACCAGGUUGUCUGUCACUGGUGGGCGCGUCCUCCCGUGGAGACCGCUGAAGGCAUCCCGCCUGUUGACAAACUGGAAAUCCUGGCUAAUUCGGAAGAGGCCUGUCUGUCAGCUCCUGCCGUAGCCGAGAAAUCCAAACCGUACACACUCACUUUCUCCGCUUCGGGGACGAUGAAAGCCGCUUUACCUCCUGGGGUGUCCCCGUCUUCAUCCUCCACGAGUGGUAUCGGCCUUAUGCCUUCCUUCGUCAGCCCAAAUCAAGGUGCUUCCCAAAUCGGAACACAGGAAUACAGAGAUUCGAUUGAAGAGCGCGUGCCGACAGCGGACGGCGAUGAAGAAAGUGCUCUGGACACCGUUCUGGCACAGGAAGAGGACGAAGAUGGCAAUAGUGACCGUUCAGUUAUCGAUUUGCUGGCAAGGAAGCAGGUACUUGAAGGGAAAGUGCAAGGUAUGGGCGCAAAUGACGAUGAAGACGAUAUUGCAGAAUGGGCGUCGAGAAUACAUGCUACCCGACCCAUAGAACGAGUCGGAGCAGCAGCAGGAGGAGGAAUCGGUGAGGUUCCGGCAAGACGAGAGGUGGACUCUGAUGCUUCCCAAGAAGAGGUGGCAGUCGGUGGGCGCGAAAAUGAGUUGCAUGAAGAGGCGGAGACCGGUUCAGAGGUGCAUGAAAAAGAGUCUUCCCCCAUACAACCACAUGAGGAGCUACCAUCCUCGGCGACGGAAGAACCCGACACUGGUAGGAAGAUGGACCAUACCGUUGAAGUCGCAUCCGAUGAAAAUAAUGCCUCUACAACGGAGGCCAAGAACACGGCAGAAGACGACAGCUCUUCCACUGCAUCCUCGUCGGAGGAAGUCGCUUCUGCAGAAACCCCGUCUGAGUCUGAGUCACAAGGUGAGGCGACAGCAGAGACUCAGUCUGACGGGAAGCUAAAGACGGAAAGCGACGGCCCAAAUACAUCUCUGGAAGCGGGCCUUGCGGACGUCGAGAAGGCGUUAAAGGAAUGA